AAUAAAAAUCGAUAGGAGAUGAGAUUGUGUUCAAACCACUUCCCUUGUCUUUUUCUUCCAGUUGUAGAUCUAUUUUUUUGCAAAGGAUUUUAUAUUGGAAGGAGAAAAAAACGUCACGCACACAUGCGCAUAUAGGGUGCCACACUGACGCAUCGUUUGUUGUAUAGUCAACUGUUUUCUUUUUUGCUGGACUGAGGCAUGCCUGUAGCGCAUUAUUGUUUUUACCGCAUUCAACAGUGUUUUCAAAGCAAGGGGCGAAAGUCAAGGCUGUAACAGUGGAGGCUCACAUACGGAGGGAGAUCCGCCAAAGUAAUGCCGUUUAUCCCUUAAGAACGGGGGGGUAAAUUCAAGCCAGUCAACUGAGGUAUCACGAUCCUAAUGUGAAAUCUCACCGGUGUUUUUCGACGAUGCCGAGUUGGACACUUUUACCAUGGAGCCGCAAAUUUCAAGAGUAAAAACACGAAUUUACAGUGGGAGUCUGGUUUGGUGGCAGAAACCUCUUGUUUUGCUAUUAAGUGUGAUUUAAAAAAAAAAAAAAAAAUAUCUCACCCUUGUAUGUGGAUUGAUUUUUUUUCUUCCUGCUCUCUCUUCUCAGCAUUCCCUCAGUCAGUCGACGGAUUUUUUGCCAUUACAGCUCAGUAGAGGGUGUCAGAUUAUUCUUAGAGCACCGCGCUAGGAUGAACACUGUCUCUGCGUUCCUCCUUUUGUGAUUCCCAAAUCGCCACAAAGGGGGAGACGAGCGAGGCAAGACGCCGAAGGAUGUAAGGGGGGAUGCGGGUGUUUUGCAGCGGUGGGAUCGCCUCUAAAGCUCCAGCGCAGGGUGUGAAUUCAGCACCAGGGGAGAAGGGACAGCUCCAGACGCCGCAACACGCAGCACGACCGGGGGAGAAAAAGGCACGGAUUUGUUCUUUUUUGUUCUUCCAAGGUCAGUCUUAAACGAACUGAAAACAGCCGAACGAUGUGUUGGACUCUACAGUCGCUCGCUGUUUUUGAUUUUUAUCAUAAACACGCGCAGGCUCUGAGGAUUCAGUCGAUGUGAAAGAGACGUUUAUGUGAUCAUUUUCAAACUGGAAGUCUGGACACAAGUGCAGGUUAGAUGCAGCAUGGAUCUGUUAUAAAAGACUGCCUUAUCUUCUCCCUAAAUGUCUAUAUCUCCCAUUUUUCUUCUUAUUGAUGUAGACUGAAUUCACAGCUCGUAUGUCUUGAAACCGGGAAUGAAUUGUUCACGUUGAAAAAUGCUGCUUUGGAUUGUUCUGCUGAAUGCGGCUCUUUGUGUUGCUAGUGGAAAUGUUACAAGGGACGUUUGUAAGGAGCAGAUAUGCUCUUGCAACGAGGUCGAGGGAGAUCUGCACAUAGACUGCGAAAAAAGGAGCUUCGCCACUCUGCAGCAUUUGACUGGCCCGAGCUCGCAGUUUUAUCACUUGCUGUUGCACGGGAAUUCUCUAUCCAGGCUAUUUCCCAACGAGUUUGCCAACUUUUACAAUGCUGUGAGCCUGCAUUUGGAAAACAAUGGCUUGCACGACAUUGUCCCCGGCGCCUUUCUGGGACUGCAGCUGGUGAAGAGGCUGCACAUCAAUAACAAUAAGAUACGAUUAUUCAGGAAGAGUACAUUUCUGGGGUUAGACGACUUGGAAUAUCUCCAAGCUGAUUUCAAUCUAUUGAGGGAUAUUGACCCCGCCGUUUUCAGGGACCUAAAUAAACUUGAAGUGUUAAUACUUAACGACAACCUCAUCAGUGCGCUACCUAUAAACGUGUUUCAACAUGUGCCCAUCACGCAUCUCGACCUGCGGGGGAACAGAAUCAAAACGUUGCCUUAUGAGGGGGUCCUUGAGCAAAUACCGGGCAUUGCGGAGGUUUUGUUGGAGGACAACCCGUGGGACUGUAACUGCGACCUGGCAUCUCUUAAGGAAUGGCUGGAGAACAUACCGCAUAACGCGCUUAUUGGGAGGAUGAUAUGCGAGGCUCCCACCAGGCUGCAAGGGAGCGACUUGAACGAGACGUCAGAAGCAGAUCUGUGCCCUUCACAGAGCGGCGGCGUGGACACCAGCCUGGUCGCCCCUCCCACCCAGGAGGAGACCUCUGAGAGCGCGGCUCAGGGCCCGCGUCCCACGCCUUACAAGCCCAACAGAGACACCAGCGGGCCCCCGACGCCUGGCCACGGGUCCAAGAGCCGCUCCAAAUCUCGUGAGAACUGGCAGCUGAAAACGAGGCCCACUCCAGUGGUGUCAGGUGUGAACGGGGACAGAGAGCUGCUGCACAACAUGACGUGCCCCCAGCCUUGCAACUGCAAGCUGGUCGGUUCCAGACAAGGGCUGGGGGUAAACUGUGAGGGCAAAAAGAUCGAGAGCUUAUCCAACCUCAAGCCUAAACCCUUGGCCGCACACGAAUUGAACAUGAGAGAUAACAACAUACACGCAGUGAAAAAGAACCACCUGCUCGGCUACUCCAGCCUCAACCUGCUCGAUCUGGGUGGGAACAACAUCAAGGUGAUUGACAACAGCACUUUCCAAAACCAGAGCGAGCUGAGAUGGCUGUAUAUGGAUAAGAACUAUCUGGAUACGCUGAUCGCAGAGAUGUUUGUGGGCCUUGUGAAUCUGGAAUAUCUCAGUUUGGAAUACAACGACAUCCAGCUGAUAGUGGCGGGUGCAUUCAGCCCCAUGCCAAAUCUGAGGGUCCUGUUCCUCAAUAACAACUUGCUGAAAUCUUUACCCGUGGAUGCUUUCCUUGGGAUUUCUUUAUCCAAAAUUAGUCUGCAUAAUAAUUAUUUCCCCUAUCUCUCUGUGGUCGGAGUGUUAGACCAGCUCAAUUCAAUCAUACAGAUCGAUUUGCACGGGAAUCCGUGGGAUUGCUCGUGCAACAUCGUGCCCUUCAAGCAGUGGACGGAGAAACUCGGGGCCGAUGUGAUAGUGAGUGAUCUCAAGUGCGAGUCCCCCGAAGAGUUUUGGAAGCGAGAUUUCCGCCAAGUCCGGAAUGACAUCAUGUGCCCAAAACUCUAUGACAAAGUCUCCCCCACCCCCCUGUCCAAAAACAGCACUUUCACCCUGGACUCGGGGACGCGCUCGAACACUUAUUUGGAGCCAAACAGGGUCUCCAUCUCAGUGCUCGUCCCCGGGUUGCUGUUGGUGUUUGUCACGUCCGCUUUCACUGUCGUAGGAAUGCUUGUGUUUAUUUUGCGGAAUCGAAAGCGAUCAAAGCGGAGGGACGGGAACUCCUCCGCCUCAGAGAUCAAUUCCUUACAGACAGUGUGUGACUCGUCUUAUUGGCACAGCGGGCCUUAUCACGCAGACGGGGGCGCGCACCGGGGCUUCGACUGCAGCACGCACCUCUCAACGACAAACGAUGCGUAAAGGGACUCUGCUCUGGUCUAGUACAAUAAACCUACACCGGACUGGAUUACAAACAGUCACACUGACAGACUGGCGCACAUAAAUGACUGACACAAAAAUCAUCCAGCUUCUGUUCCGUCAGUGGCGAACACAGACUUGUUUAUGUCUUGUUUUCUCCAGUUGAACCAAGUAAGUCAGUCUGCUGCUGCACAGGCCCCACUCUGUAAUAUAUGUAUAUGCCAAGCCCCCUGGCUAAAACCCCUCCCUCGCUCCCUCCUCCUCCCAGUUCUGCUAUUUGCCGCAAUCGGACUACGGAUAUGAGACAGAAAAGAGGGAGAAAAAGAAGAGAGGGAGAGGGCGUGUGUGUGUGUGUGAGAGAGAGAGAGAGAGAGAGAGAGAGAGAGAGAGAGAGAGAGAGAGAGAGAGAGAGAGAGAGAGAGAGAGAGCAAAGACCGAUGACCCGGGAAAUGGUGCACGAACGCAUGAAUGUAAAUGUAAAUACUCGGACCGAUGUAUCAUAAUCUGCAUGAUGAUAUUUCGCAUGGUUUCAACACACACACGACGGCGAGGAACCAUAACCACCAUAACCAACAAAGAAGCAAACUCGACCCUUUUCAUGUUAUAUCAAUAUGACAACAAUAUAUAGAUAUUAAGAAUUAUAUAUGACUAUUACAAAGUGCCAUUUCUCUAUUUUUUGUGAACCUGCAGUUAGGAUUUGUAUUUGUUGUUUUAAACUUGUUUGGAGAAAAGAGAACAAAAAAAUAAUUGAUAAUGAUGACUCUGGGAAAGGAGUGAUGGAAGUGAAGCUGUCAGUGCAUGUUAUUUUCUGUUUGUUAUCAUUUGAUUGUCGAUAAAUAUUGGGGUUAUUUAUACCGUACUAGAUGGUGCAGAUUAAAUCCAUGUCUGCGCAGUCAUCAUCUCCUUUAUGAAUGUAAAUUGUGUUAUUUUAUGGUGUGCCAAUUGUUGACUUUCAGAUAUUCAGACAUGCAGAUGAGCAUGACCAAUUAACGUCACUCAGAUGCUUAUGCUGCAAAGUUAAUGUAGCUAAAAUAACAGUUCCGUGGUUUUGUGUGUCAAUGAAUAUAGCCUGCUUUGGGUGAGAGGAACAAAAAAAAAAAAAAGUCAUUUAAAUGGGGGGUUUAUACCAUCAUAUUUUUUCAACAACUGAGCAAAGAAGUGUUUUCAAUUGAGCUAUGUAGGUAUAAUUCGAUCUAUGUAAACCGCGCAGGUAGACUGAUAUAGAAUAGAAUGCUUUUUUAAUGUCAGAAAAAAAAGUAUUCCUCCACAUAAAAGCUUAUGGCUAUGAUUCACUUUCAUCAUAUUGUGAGCUUUUGUAAAGCCAUCUAAUCUUGUCCAAAUAAGAGAACUGAAACUCACUGUAUUUACUACAAAAUGUGCUUGAAAUAGGCUGUUUUUGGGUGUGUGUGGGAGGUUUUUUUUGUUGUUGCUUUCUAACAAACUGGGGCCAUGCUAUGGAAAGUACUCAGCAUGUGGCCAGACCAUAAAGACACAGGAGUUGCAUCUCCUUCACUGAGGGGAUGUAACAAAAGGCACACACACAUACGCGGAGGUAAUUUGAUAAUGCAAGAUGCCUUUUUCAAUUCAGCUUGAACUUGAGAUACUCAUCUUGAGAGGGGGGGGGGGGGGGGGGGUCGCAUGGUUUUUGUGGGCUCAUGAAAACAAUGCCAUGACUGAAUACCUGUUCUGCAGAGCUCAGCUGUGGGGUCUGCUGCUUACUAGCCUAUACUGCUUUAACUGAGCUCGGAUUUGGAAAAAAAAACAACUAAAAUAAUUAAACAGUUGGGGCAUACCUCCAGUAUUCACACACUUCUUUAACUUCUCUGCAGUGUCUAAAACAGAUGCAAGGAAUGUGCAACUUUUCUUUUUUGUAUUAUUAUGAAAUAUUACAGUGCUGGUGAAAUUUGUCUUUGCUAAUUGAUUUUGUUUAAAAAAAAAAAAAGAAAAAAAAAGAUGCUUAAUUUAGACAAGAUUUCAGCAUAAUUCGGCAACAAUCCUAACAUGCUAUGGCCAU